CAUUUGUUCAUUUGACUCUGAUUGCGUGUGUCCAAGCGAGACAAAGCAAAUUGAAGAGAGGAAUCCGUCUUCCGGCUGCAAACCCAUCUCACCUAUCUCUUGUGAUUCACUCAAUAACAUUUUCAAAGUUGUUGAGAAUGUCACCUUCUUUGCUUUGUGGAACGAUUAUAUUAGCGCAAACAUCUCAAACACAACUGCAGAGAGUUGCAAGGAGGAGUGUUUGAGGAAAGGGUGCUCAUGCACAAUGGCACUAUUUCGUAACCAAACCAUUUUCUCUGGUGGGGACUGCUAUUUAUUAUCAGAGCCAUUUUCCCUUAUGGACGACCCUACCGGGUCCUAUUCCACCUUAGCAUUUAUCAAAGUCAACAAUAGUACAAACAGAUUGAUGCCAUCAUCAAUCUUUCGAAGAACGAGAAGGGGACGAACAGUGUUAAUCCUAGGGACUACUGUUGGAGCAGUUUCAAUAUUCUUAGUAAGCGUAUUUGGGAUUAUUUCAAGUAAGGUGAGAAGAAAAGAUGUCGAAGAUGAUGAUCCAGACUUAACAAGGCUUCCCAUAACUAAAUUCCCUUAUAGGGACUUGAAGUCCAUGACAGGAGAUUUCAACAUCAAGCUCGGGGAAGGAGGAUUUGGCUCGGUGUUUCUAGGAACUUUACCCAGCGGUGUUAGGAUUGCAGUCAAGCGCCUUAAUAGUUUUGGUCAAAUAAAGAAGUCAUUCUUGGCCGAGGCCGGAACCAUUGGCACUAUCCAUCAUGUCAAUCUGGUAAGACUACUUGGAUUGUGUGCUGAAAAAUCACAUAGGCUUUUAGUCUACGAGUACAUGUGCAAUGGUUCUCUUGAUAAGUGGAUCUUCCAUAAUGAUCAAGAGUUUGACAUCUGUUGGCAAGUGAGGAGAAAGAUUAUCCUCGACAUUGCCAAAGGACUAGCCUAUCUCCAUGAGGAAUGCCAUCAAAAAAUAAUUCACUUAGACAUCAAACCCCAAAAUAUACUUUUGGAUGAACAUUUCAAUGCAAAGCUUGCUGAUUUUGGGUUGUCGAAACUAAUUGAUAAGGACCAAAGCCAUGUCAUGACGACCAUGCGAGGAACACCAGGUUAUCUUGCUCCAGAGUGGUUAAGCUCCGUUAUCACGGAAAAGGUAGACGUGUACAGUUUUGGCAUUGUGAUGUUAGAAGUGCUAUGUGGGAGGAAAAACGUGGACCGCUCUUUGCCGAGUGAUGAAGUGCAUAUGUUGACCCUUUUCAAGUGCAAAGCAGAACAAGAACAACUACUGGACAUGGUAGAUAAGUCCAAUGGUGACAUGCAACUACACGGCCAAGAAGCUGUCAAGAUGAUGAAAAUCGCAGCAUGGUGUUUGCAAGAUGAUAGUAGCAAGAGGCCCCCCAUGUCGCAAGUGGCUAAAUGCUUGGAGGGCGCAGCUGAUAUAGAAGAUGGAUUGACAUACAGCUUCUCAGGUCCUUCCGGUCACAGCGAUCAUGGUGUUGAUGAUGCUACUCGGCUAUUGCCCUCACAGUUAUCAGGUCCUAGGUGAACAAAACUAGCUUUGGACAUAAACUCCGAUGCUUUGAUGGGGUGACUUCUUUUGGCGUUUCUGCCAUAUAAAUUUGUUGUCUAGUAGUCGUACUUAUGAUCCAAUAAUUUUAAUGAAAUUCCAAGUCGCUUGUCAUUUUCGUUUAAUUGAUUGAAAGGUCCUGGUACAAACAAAGAUUCCAACCAUAAAUCAGUUUGCUGUAGACAAUGCUUGAUUCCAUUACUCUUUCUCGUUGCGAUCCAAACACAGA